ACAAGACUGCGCUCCCUCUGUUUUUUCACAGUGCCUCCUUCCUCAAGCAAGCUAAAAGCGCACAAACACCCAGAGUCAAGAGAGAAUCGAAAAAGCCAAAAAGAAAGAAAACCCAUCGAACUCGUUCAAGACUCAGUGAGUCAGCCACCGAGUCGACAGCCGCCAUGGAUAGCGAGGAGGGAACUCAGCAACCGCACCUCGUGCUCGCUCACAAGCUCUUCCUCCUGAGGCACCCGGAUGUCCAGGACAUCGAGAAGGUCCGCCUCAAAGAUGAGGUCUUCGCCGCCGUCAAAUCCGACGAUAUGGCUCCGUUGUACGAAACCCUAGUGGCCGAUUCGGUGUUGGAAAGUGAUCAGGGGCUUCUGGACUCAAUGCGUGCCAAGAUCGACGAAGAGAUCAAGAAGCUUGACGAAAAGAUAGCUGAUGCCCAAGAAAACUUGGGUGAAAGUGAAGUCCGAGAAGCUAAUUUGGCAAAAUCAUUGUAUUUUAUUCGAAUUGGUGACAAGGAGAAAGCAUUGGAACAACUCAAGGUGACAGAAAGCAAAACUGUUGCAGUAGGGCAAAAGAUGGACUUGGUGUUCUAUACACUGCAGCUUGGAUUUUUCUACAUGGAUUUUGAUCUAAUUUCCAAAAGCAUUGAUAAAGCGAAGAGCUUGUUUGAAGAGGGAGGAGAUUGGGAAAGGAAGAACCGUUUGAAGGUAUAUGAAGGCUUGUACUGCAUGUCCACUCGAAACUUCAAGAAGGCGGCUGAUCUAUUUUUGGAUUCUAUUUCAACCUUCACAACUUAUGAACUUUUUCCUUAUGACAAGUUCAUAUUCUACACUGUCCUUACCAGCAUUAUAUCCUUGGAUAGAGUUUCCCUGAAGCAGAAGGUAGUGGAUGCUCCAGAGAUCUUGACAGUAAUUGAAAAAAUCCCUUAUCUCUCAGAGUUUUUGAACGCCCUAUAUGAUUGUCAAUAUAAAUCAUUUUUCGUGGCAUUUGCUGGCUUGACAGAGCAAAUAAAAUUGGACCGCUAUUUACAGCCACACUUCCGGUAUUUUAUGAGGGAGGUCAGAAUUGUGGUUUAUUCACAGUUUUUGGAAUCCUACAAGAGUGUUACUAUUGAAGCAAUGGCGAAGGCAUUUGGAGUUACUGUGGAGUUCAUUGAUCUGGAGCUCUCACGUUUUAUUGCAGCUGGGAAGCUUCAUUGCAAGAUUGAUAAAGUUGCAGGAGUUCUUGAGACUAAUCGUCCAGAUGCAAAGAAUGCUCUUUACCAAGCAACUAUCAAGCAAGGGGACUUCCUAUUGAACCGGAUCCAGAAGCUGUCUCGUGUGAUUGAUCUGUGAAGCAUUUUUUAUUUCUGUUUUGGAAACGGUGCCAAAAUUUGCUGUCACUUCCCAGGGAUAGAAAAAAUGCUCAUAGUUAGUUAUUAAACUCAUUAGGAUUAUUUUAGCAAUAUUUAGUCCACUAUUUGUAUCUGAAUGCUAUAUCAAAAGUGUUUAGAUGUGAAUUUUUGUAGCUUUGUAUUGGAGAUGUGUUAACUAUGAGUGUACCUUGCACAACAGAUUUACUUGCUUUCUAUUUGUUAAUCACUUUGUGGGUGAGAUUAGAACUUU